AUAGAAGAGCAACAUAAUUACACACCAUUUAUCUGUUUUUGUUAUUAUUCAGUUGAACAGACGUAGACUGAUCUGCUGAUUGCAGAAGCGGUGGAGUCCAUAGCAGGUCACCAGUGAGGUCAGCAAAUCAACGAACAGGAUUUGUAUUGACAAAGGCCCGUUUUCCUUCAGAGCUGCACUUUGAAGUGCGACUGAUUUGCAGUAACACCCGUUUUAGAAAGCUGUUAAAACUUAACUCAAUUUACAUCAGUCGAUCAUUCACAGUGCUUAUUGAUCUGUUCACUCCUAAUUGUCCACUUUCACUCAGGUUAAAGUCUAUGGAAGCCUUGUGUUGACUCUGCUUCCUUGCAUAGCAGGUCAGCGCCGAUGGCUUGAGCAGCUACAACAUUAAAACCACCGGCCUUGUAUUGUGUAGAUCCUCUUCGUGCUACCAAAGCAGCUCUGACAUGUCUGUGGAUGGACUCUAGACCCGCGGUGUUUGGCACCAGGACUGUGGCAGUGGAUCCUCGGCUUCCUGUGGUUUGUGGAGCGGAGCCACAGUGGAUCUGUUUUUUUCCAGUGCAUGUCAUGGAUGGGAUCUGGGGAGUUUGGAGGCCGAGCCAGCACCUCGGGCUCUUUGUUGUGUUCCUGAGAAGUUUUUGGGGUUCGCUGUGGUGCACUGACCUGCUGGGGGAAGCUGCUGUCACCUGAAUGCCAAGGUUCCCUGGGGAGCGUUGCAUUGUAACAAAAUGAUUAAUGCCAUUCAAUUCACCUGUCAGUAGUUUUAAUGUUGUAGCCUAUCAGUGUAUAAAUUUCUCAUCAUUGUGACUCAUCAGGUGUCAAUACCCAACCAGGAGUUACAGUGGAAAUGUACCAAUCUGCCUGAUUUACAUCUAUAAAAUACACUCAUUCAGGAAAUGUUGGUUCAAUUAUUUUGUCCAAUUAGUGAAACGCACAACCUCCCUCCUCACUGACAAGCAAUCUGGACAUCUUUGAGUUAUGACCUCCCGUGUUAGUGUAUGCCCUGAUGUUAAUCUAUUUCAUUUGAACCCCUCCAAGCGUCAGAGACUGAAUGACGUCCCCCUAUACACACCCGCCUCCCCAGGCUCCGCCAAACCAUCAAAACGGAUCAAUUUGGAUUGUUUUUUUCUUGUCUCCAAAGACGGAUCAUCACCAGCCCGCCCCAGCUCUGAUUUGACGAACCUCCUGGGUCAUGACAACGUCACCUUGUCAGCCUAUAUAAGCAGCUGAAAGUUUUAGAAACACUCAGCAAAAACAAACAGACCAAGAACAGACGAGAAAAGCGCCGUUUUCCCUUUGCGUAAAAGUGCCAAGACGGUUCCAGACAUGGAGAGGUCUGUCCGGUUUGCCGUGGUGUGUGUCGGAGUGUCUCUACUCAUCUCCUGCCAUCCAGUCGAAGCCUGGUACAAGCAGUCGACCGGGCCCAGUUACUAUUCGGUGGGUCGAGCCUCCGGUUUGCUGUCCGGUAUCAGGAGGUCACCGUACGUCCGGAGAGCCGAGUCCGAAGAGACGCUGCCGGACAGCGGGGAGACAGCAGGUAACAACGUGAUCACAGAGACGAACAGGCAGAUCUCCAUCCUAAAAAGCAUGUUUGAAUUUCCCCUUCUGCAGGCCAUCUGCGUGAGGGACAUCUCUCCAAACCUGAAGAGCUGCGAGCUGCUGCGGGACGGGACGGGCACCUUCCAGUGCAAGGCGGACGUCUUCCUCACCCUGGACUCCCUGGACUGUCUGUCCGCCUGAGUCCCGGUUGAACCGCGCAGGAGACAGACAUCUUCUUCCACCGAAUCCCCGAAGCGCAAAUCUGGAAGGAAAAAAAUGUGGGAUGGAUGAGUGUAGUGGGGUUUGGAGGGUGAUGGUGCAGAGGAAAACCCGAUAACUGCUGAUAAUGGACCGCUGCAGACUCUGAAUGUUCUCUCAUUGAAAAAAAAAGAAAAAAAAACAAACAAGCAUUGUUCACUUUUGCUUUGGCUGCGUAAACAGGAGUGUAAAAGAAAAAACAAGAAAAAAAAUCUGCGAGAAAUGUUAGAUGAAGCCAUUUUCUUUCCAGACGACUUUUAAUCUUUCCUGUUUCACCCCCUGACAUGUACCUGCGUUGCCACAAUGUAUUAAAUGUCCGGAAAGUUGACUGCGGAGCAGAUUUCCUGGAAAGUACUUUUAUUUAUUUUAUCUAUUAAAAUCAACAAACACUG